UCUGGGAAGCACACCCACACAAAUAACCAAACCCAAAAUAUCCGAUAUCUCUGAAAAAUCUAAUAAAAUCCCUUCAUUUUAAGGCUUCUCAACGCUCCUCAUACUCACACACACUAGCAAUGGAUCGGCCCACCACUCUCUUCUCCCUCCUCCUCUUCCUUUCUCUCCUAAGCUCUGCGCUCGCGUCCCCUGUAACUCCCAACGACGAUGACCCUCUGAUCCAACAAGUCGUACCGGAAGCCAACGACAAUCUACUCCUCCACGCCGAGCGCCACUUCUCCAGCUUCAAAGCUACGUUCGGAAAGACCUACGCGACUCAAGAGGAGCACGACUACAGGUUUGGCGUCUUCAAGGCGAACCUGCGCCGAGCCAAGCGGCACCAGGGGCUCGACCCCACUGCCGUCCACGGUGUCACCAAGUUCUCCGAUCUCACUCCGUCGGAGUUUCGACGGAAUUUUCUCGGACUAAAGCGUCUCCGGCUGCCAUCAGACGCUAACAAGGCUCCCAUCCUUCCUACCAAUGAUCUUCCUACCGACUUCGAUUGGCGCGACAAAGGUGCUGUCACACCGGUGAAGGACCAGGGGUCUUGUGGGUCGUGCUGGGCAUUUAGUGCGACGGGAGCUUUGGAAGGAGCUCAUUAUUUGGAAACUGGGGAGCUCUUGAGUCUGAGUGAGCAGCAGCUUGUGGACUGCGACCAUGAGUGUGAUCCAGAAGAAUAUGGUUCAUGCGACUCGGGGUGUAAUGGUGGGCUGAUGAACAAUGCAUUCGAGUACACACUCAAGGCUGGUGGACUAGAGCGAGAGAAGGACUAUCCUUACACUGGGACUGAUGAUACCUGCAAAUUUGACAAGAGCAAAGUUGUUGCUGCUGUAUCUAACUUCAGCGUUAUUUCCACAGACGAAGAUCAAAUUGCUGCAAAUUUGGUGCACCAUGGCCCUCUUGCAGUUGGGAUCAAUGCCGUGUUCAUGCAAACAUACGUAAAGGGAGUUUCAUGCCCUUACAUCUGUGGAAAGCGUAUCGAUCAUGGAGUGCUUCUGGUGGGGUAUGGUUCUUCUGGUUUUGCUCCGAUCCGAUUAAAGGAGAAGCCUUACUGGAUCUUGAAGAACUCAUGGGGACAGAGUUGGGGAGAGGAGGGCUAUUACAAGAUCUGCAGAGGUCAUAACUCAUGUGGGGUGGAUUCCUUGGUUUCCACUGUUGCUUCUCUGCAUACAUCCAAUCCCUAGAUAAUAUAUGGGGGCUUUGUAAAUAUAGUCUGAUCUGAUCUCCUAGAUAAUGUAGAUCAUGGGGUUAAUAAGUUCAUGUCGUGUUGCCUGAUGUUGACGUUGUAUAAUAAUUUAUGUGUUUAUUUAAAUGCUACGCUUUGGUGGUUGUAAUUUAUAAAUUUAUGUCAUGAAUUUAUUUAUAA